AUGAAGGGAGGUGGUAAGUUUGAGCCGAGCUCGAGUAAGAUAGUGUUUGAGGAUAGUGAAGAAGAUGAAGAAGAGUACUCGGAUUCGUCUGUGUCUUCUUCUGAUGAGGAGGAAGAAACAGGAAAAGAGUUAACUUUAGAGGAGAUUCAUAGAAUGCGUGCUGAUGGGUCUCGUGGAGCUCCAUGGAAACCAACUCAAGAGAAGAAAAAGAGUCGUGCUAACAAAAACAGGCCAAUGGAGUUAAGUUCUAAAAGACCAGUGAGUCGAUAUAGAGAGGUGAUUCAAGUGCCAAAGAAGGUGGUUCGUGAUCCUAGAUUUGACUCAUUGAGUGGGAACGUUGACACUGAGGGGUUUAGGAAGCGAUACAGUUUCUUCUUUGAGGAGAAACUUCCCACAGAAAGAGAGGAACUGAAGAAGCAGCUGAAGAAAACAAAGAAUCCAGAAGAGGUCGACGAAUUGAAGAACCGGUUAAGCUAUGUUGAGAAAUGGAUGAAGUAUGAGCCAUCAACGAAUAACAAAGGAAGCGCAAUACUAACUGAACACAAGAAGAAAGAACGAGAAGCUGCAAAGGAGGGGAAGAAGCCUUACUAUCUCAAAAAAUCGGAAAUCCGAAAGCAAGAACUCAUCGAAAAGUACAACAGUCUCAAGGAAUCUGGGAAGCUUGAAUCGUUUAUUGACAAACGUAGGAAGAAGAAUGCAACGAAGGAUCACAGGUUCAUGCCCUAUCGUCGUGCUGAUGCCUCAGACCAAUAG